UCCCGGCCCCUCAGCCCGCCCGGUCCGGCCCGCCCCUCAGGGCCACCAUGGCGGGCGGAGCGCGCCGCCUGUACCGCCGCAUCCUGCAGCUGCACCGGGCGCUGCCGCCCGCCCUGCGCGACCUGGGCGACCGCUACGUCAAGGAGGAGUUCCGGAGGCACAGGGCGGCCGGGCCCGCCGAGGCCCAGCGCUUCCUGCGGGAAUGGGAGAACUAUGCAGCACUGAUCCAGCAACAAAUUGAGGACACGCAAAACUUGAGAGGAAAGGCUGUAUAUGGAGCUCAGCUCACAGAAGAAAAACUUAAUGACUUCCGUGAUGAACAGAUUGGGCAGCUGAAGGAACUGAUGGAUGAGGCUACCAAGCCUAAUAAAAAAAUCACCAUUUCUAAAGACUCAGAAUACAAAACAUAAAAGAUUUUUAAAGUUAUUUUAAUGCAUAUGGAAGCAUUUUGAAACUACUUUUUCCAGUUGGACCUGAGUGUGGUUUCUGUGAGAUAAUGGACGCUGCUCAUGCUAUAACUUGUCUGAAAUGGAUGUGUUUGGCUUUUUGUGCAAGAAUAAAUGGAAAAAUGUUAAUUGCA